CCCCACUCACCAAAACGUGACCUCUCCUCUCUGAUCCCCCUUAGCUUCUACUCCUCGCUCCGCCUCCAUUCCCCCCAUCUUGUCCCCUUACUUCUCCAGUUGCAGUCGGGAGCCAUGGACGCGUCUGGAUCGAGCUCAGGAGUUCCGCCGGGGAGGGGGAAGAGAGCCAGCCCUUGGGUACCCCGGAUCGACCCCUUCUUCCCCAGGACGGAUCACAACCCCCAGGAGCUCAAGUCCUGGGCCAGGCGCACCGGCUUCAAACCCCAUCUUUCGGGCGACACCGCCAGCGUCUUAAGCGACCAGGACUAUGCUGACGAGCCGCAGGCCCCCGCGAGGUUGGAUUUGGAGAACGGGAUUCGCCGAGGGGGCAAUGGGAUACCCAGGAAGCCUGAGAUCGAGCCGGUGGUGGGUCGGGGGAGGAAUGGAGCGGAGGACGGGGGUGUCGAGAUCGGCCCCACGGCUCCGAGGGCUGAGAAGGAAAAGAGGAAAGUUGGGAUCGAGCCGGGGGGAGUCGGGAUUAUGGAUGAGAGAAGGGAGGCUGGACAUGAGCCUCUUUUGAGAGUUAAGAGUGACGGGUCGGUGCGUAAUGGACUCAGUAAUGGCUCUGCUCCAGUGUUUCCCGUAAAGCCCGACAAAGAUUCAAAGGAGGAAGCAGAAAAAGAUGAAAAGGGAGUGGAAAUCGACUUCUUUUCUGACGAUCAGGAGUCUGAGGGUCCAUCCGUCCACAAGCCGCCAUCAGAUUUUCAAUCUGCUCUUACCGACAGCCCUGGCGUUAUGCUCCUGAUAUUUUAUGGAAUACAACAUUACUUAUCCCUGGCUGGUUCACUUGUGUUCAUCCCUUUGAUCAUGGUACCAGUCAUGGGAGGUACUGAUGAGGAGACAGCUGCUGUCAUUUCUACAAUGCUACUAGUUUCUGGCGUUACAACAAUAAUGCAUUCUUAUUUUGGUAGUAGGCUUCCACUUGUCCAGGGAAGCUCUUUUGUAUAUCUGGCUCCUGCCUUAGUAAUCAUUAAUUCAGAGGAGUAUAGAAAUCUUAGUGAAAAUAAAUUUAAGCAUAUAAUGAGGGAAUUGCAAGGAGCUAUAGUCGUUGGCUCAGUUUUUCAGACUGUUUUGGGUUAUAGUGGCCUCAUGUCACUUCUUAUAAGGUUAAUAAAUCCAGUCGUAGUUGCUCCAACUGUUGCUGCAGUAGGAUUGGCAUAUUUCAGUUUUGCAUUUCCUCAAGCUGGAAAUUGUGUGGAGAUCAGCAUUCCUUUGAUUUUAUUGAUUCUUAUUUUUACACUGUACCUCAGAAGACUAUCCUUAUUUGGGAACCGUUUAUUCUUAAUUUAUGCGGUUCCACUUAGUGUCGUCAUUGUAUGGACAUAUGCAUUCUUUCUGACAGCAGGAGGAGCUUACAACUACAAGGGUUGCAAUUCAAAUGUACCAAGUUCAAACAUAUUAACAGAUGGAUGUAGAAAACAUGCAACUAUUAUGAAGCAUUGUCGAACUGAUGUUUCUAGUGCAUGGCGAACUGCUGCUUGGGUCAGGGUUCCUUAUCCAUCCCAGUGGGGCUCUCCCACUUUCCAUUUCAAGACGUCAUUUAUCAUGGUCAUUGCAUCACUGGUUGCAUCAGUUGACUCGAUUGGUUCAUACCAUGCUACAUCAUUAUUAGUCAACUUAAAGCCUCCCACUCCUGGAAUUGUCAGCAGGGGAAUAGGCAUGGAAGGGUUGACAAGUAUUCUAGCGGGACUCUGGGGAACUGGAACUGGAUCAGUGACACUGACUCAGAAUAUACACACUCUUGAUAUAACUAGAAUGGCAUCCAGAAAGGCUCUGCAACUUGGAGCAGCACUAUUGAUUCUAUUUUCAUUUGUAGGAAAAGUUGGUGCUCUCCUGGCGUCUAUUCCACUUGCCUUGGCUGCUUCUGUUUUAUGCUUUACAUGGGCUUUGAUAGUUGCACUAGGCCUUUCUACUUUGCAGUAUACACAAACAAGAAGUUCAAGGAAUAUAAUUAUUGUUGGAUUCACGUUAUUUAUCUCUCUAACCAUCCCUGCAUAUUUUCAACAAUAUGAACCCAAUUCCAUUCUCAUUUUACCAAGUUAUCUAUUGCCUUACGGAGCAGCAUCAAGUGGUCCAGUCCAUACAAACAGUGAGGGGUUCAAUUUUGCUCUAAAUGCUCUUUUAUCUCUUAACAUGGUGGUUGCACUGUUUGUGGCAUUUAUACUCGACAACACGGUUCCUGGUAGCAAGCAGGAAAGAGGGGUAUACAUAUGGUCUGAUAGAAGUACACUAGACUUUGAUUCGGCUUCUCUGGAACCCUAUUCUUUGCCAGCAAAAGUUCGACCCUUGUUCAGGUGGGCUAGAUGGGUUGGCUAGCCACCUGAUAUUUGAGAAGUUUCAUCAGCCUUGCAAGUGCAGUCAUUGUCAGCUCCUGUGGCAUCUCAUUACUCUGAAAUCAUCUUCUUGCAUAAUGAGAUUAUAUUUAUUUCGUUCCUCUCUAUACGCACAAGCUAAGGGUGGACACCGAUUUCUGUUAUCGUAAGAUUAGCCUGUUUGAACAGCAAGGUUCCACUACAACUGUAAAUGAAGGUAAAGACAGGAGGUAAAUUGACAACUUGUAUUGGUUGUAUCUACCUAUAGCGUAGUUAUAUGUUCAUUUUUUAUAGACAAUAACAUGCUUUUCCCAUUUGUUCCUUUU